ACUGCUGAGAAAACCUGGAUGUCUUGCUCCUAAAUUCUGAUAAAACUGAGAUACUGGUCAUUGACCCUGCUCAACAUAGACAUCAAUUUGAUCAAGUAGUGAUAACUCUUGGUGUCUUGUUGUUACACUUGUUGCUACCCUCUCUUUUAACAAGCGCAUUAAAAUAUCAUAAAGUCAGCUAUUUUUCACUUUCAAAGCGUAGCUAAAAUUCAGUCUUUUCUGUCCAUGGCUGAUGCAGAGACCCUGACUCAGGCCUUUGUUUUAUCCAUGAUAGAUUAUUUUAAUGUUUUGUUGUCAGGUAUGCCACAUAGGUAUGCAACUUAAACUUCGUAUUCCCUCCUCUACUCUCCGUACUCAGAAUAUGGAGUUCCUGUCAGGGUCUUUUCCUUCACUAUGUAGUCAAAAGUAAGUGGACACCUGACCAUUUAAAAAGGGGGAAGGGGGAAGGAUAAAGAUCAUUAACAGAAGCAACGUUGAUAGAAGAGGAAAGUAUGAGCAGUAGAGCAAGGACGAACUGAACUACCAGUAACAUGAACAAACCAUGUCUCCAGAUGGAUUUAUAUCCUCGACCAGAACUGUUUGAUUUCCAUGGUGUCUCAAUGGUCAGUCAUUUCACAGACAACUGGGAGGAAACUCAAAACUUUCAGGCCAGGCCAGAUGACGUACUUCUCGCAUCGUACCCCAAAGCCGGAAGCACCUGGCUCUCCUAUAUUCUUGACCUCCUGUAUUUUGGUCAGACAUCUCCUGAACGUCAGACAUCUGUGCCCAUCUAUAGAAGAGUACCUGUCUUGGAGCUUGCCUUCAGCCAUCCGCAGACAGAACCAGGGUCUACUCCGCACAUUUAUAAAGGAACAGAGAUUCUGGACAACUUGCCAACCUCUCCUCGACUCAUUAAGACUCAUCUCCCAGUCCAGUUUAUGCCAAAGUCCUUUUGGGAGCAAAACUGCAAGAUGGUGUAUGUGGCCCGCAAUGCAAAGGACAGUGUGGUGUCUUUUUUCCAUUUUGAACGCAUGACUUUGUGCUGUCCAGAGCCUGAAGACUGGGACAAUUACCUUCAGAGAUUCAUGAAGGGACAGCUGAUGUGUGGAUCCUGGUAUGACCAUGUGAACGGCUGGUGGAAGAAGAAAGAGACUUACUCGAAACUCCAUUUCAUGUUCUAUGAAGAUCUGGUUGAGAAUACUAGGCGGGAAAUAGACAGACUGUGCCACUUUCUUGGUUUGUCUCCCUCAGCUGAAGAAAAGGAAAUAAUUGCAGGCAGGGUGAAGUUUGAUAAAAUGAAAACCAACAACAUGGUCAACUACUCAACAUUCAAAAUGAUGGAUUUCAAUAAAUCUUCCUUCAUCAGAAAAGGGAAGGUUGGCGACUGGAAGAACCAUUUUACUGUGGCCCAGAAUGAAGAGUUUGAGGAAGACUACAAGAAAAAGAUGAAGGACUCCACGCUGCAAUUUCACACUGUAAUUUAAAAGGCCUGGCCUGGCCUGGUCUGUGCAACACAAAAGCCUGAGCUAAUAUAUGAUUAAAAAAACAACACAAUAAAGUUGUAUAUGUUGAGAGUAAAAUGUUAAAUUGGUUAACAAGCUUAUUAUUGUCUCAUUAAAGCUUGAUGAAGCCCACA